GUUAUACAUGGUAUUUAAGCACUGGUUAGCAUGAGCUAGCUCGCUAACAGUUAACUAUCAAAGAAAAGCGAUAUAACUUGACAAAUCCGACAUUAGUAAUGGAUUAAAUACGCGGAUAACUUCUUCACAACUAGAAGUUCAACCUUUAACACAACCAGUUUAUUGUCUGAACACACAUGGAUUGUAGCCAUGGAGAGCUCGACGCACACCAAUCCGCAACGUCCUGAUCCACUCAAACCGGCCUCUGGUGCCGCCCUGCAGGUUCACCUGUACUACUGCAGCCAGAGCACAAGCACGUCGGCUCUCAGUUACCCGCCUGGAGAUUACGUAGCGGAGGAGCUGUGCAUCAAGGCUACCAAAGAGUGCGGUGUUGGCCCUGUUUACCUGAGUCUCUUCGGCCUGAUGAGAGAGAGUGAUCGCGUGUGGUAUCCACCCAAUCAUGUCUUCAAAGUGGACGAGUCCACCAAUGAGAAGCUCCUGUUCAGAAUCAGGUUUUAUUUCCCCGGCUGGUACGGGAGAGGAUCAAGCCACGCCCAUCGCUAUGGCGUCACCAAGAGCUCCGAGGCUCCUGUGUUUGAUGACGUCACCACGGCAUACCUGUUCGCCCAGUGGAGGAGUGAUUUCGUGGAUGGUUCAGUGAGUAUCCCAGUUAGCCAUGAUGCUCAGGAGGAAUGUCUCGGCCUGGCCGUGCUGGACAUGAUGAGGAUCGCUAAAGAGAAAGGCUGCUCGCCCAUCAAAAUUUACCAUGACUACAGCUAUAAGAGUUUCCUGCCCAAGGCCAUCCGCGCUCACAUCCAGCGGUACCACAUCGUGACGAGGAAGCGGAUCCGUUAUCGGUUCCGGCGGUUCGUGGAGCGUCUGCGCCUUUGCAGAGCACCCGUCACAGAGCUCAUGCUGAAGUACGUGGCCAGUUUAGAGGUUCUGCAGCCCGGGUUCUACACCGAACGCUUCCUCGUCUCACAGCCCGUCGUCGGCAUGAUAACCAUCGUCGUCACCGGCAACCACGGCAUCCAGUGGACCAAGGGGAAAGAUGCUGGAGACGGACAGAAUCUGCAGGUGUACUGUGAUUUCCCUGAUGUUAUUGAUAUUAGCAUUAAGCAGGCGAGCAAAGACGGUUCUGUCGAGAGUCGCAUCGUCACCAUCAACAGACAGGACAGCCAGACACUGGAGUUGGAGUUCUCGUCUCUGUCCGAGGCAUUGUCCUUCGUCUCACUGAUCGACGGCUACUACAGACUCACAAUGGAUGCUCAUCAUUACCUGUGCAAGGAGGUGGCGCCCCCUAGACUGCUGGAGGCCAUUCAGUGUAACUGCCACGGACCCGUCUCGAUGGAGUUUGCCAUUAGCCGUCUCCGUCACUGUGACAAUGCUAAAGGCAUGUACAUCCUGCGCUGCAGCCCUAAAGACUACGACAAAUACUUCCUGUCCUUCGUGGUUGGGUAUGACGGUGUGUUUGAGUAUAAGCACUGUCAGAUCGUACGCACUGCAGCAGGUGAGUUUGUGCUGAGUGGAGCGAAGUGUGUGUUCAGCAGUCUGAGUGAGCUUCUGCACCGCUACCAGAAGGAGGCGCUGCGCUCUGAGGGUCACAUCUUCCAGUUCACCAAGUGCUGCCCUCCUAGGAACAAAGAUAAGUCGAACUUGUUAAUCUGCAGGAAUGAUCAGGACUCAGAUGUUCUGUUCUCUCCAUCACUCCUCAAACACAGUCAGAUGGUCUUCCACAAAAUCCACAGAGAGGACCUGCAAAUGAUGGAAAGUUUGGGACAGGGAACGUUCACGCAGGUGUUCCGCGGAGUCAGGAGGGAGCUGGGGGAUUACGGGGAGGUGCACGAGAUGGAGGUGGUGAUGAAGGUGUUGGACAAGAGCUACCGCAACUACACUGAGUCCUUCUUUGAAGCAGCCAGUAUGAUGAGUCAGAUUUCCCAUAAGCACUUGCUGCUUAAUUACGGGAUCUGUGUGUGCACAGAGGAGCACAUCAUGGUGCAGGAGUUUGUACGCUUUGGCUCGUUGGACACGUACCUGAGGAGGAACCGCAAUUCCAUCAACAUCACCUGGAAGCUGGAGGUGGCCAAGCAGCUAGCCUGGGUCAUGCAUUACCUGGAGGAUAAGAGCCUGAUCCAUGGGAAUGUGUGUGCUAAAAACAUUCUGCUCGCUAGAGAGGAAGACAGAAAGACACACACUCCACCUUUCAUAAAACUGAGUGACCCAGGAAUUAGCAUCUCAGUCCAGCCCAGAGAGAUUCUGAUCGAGCACAUCCCCUGGGUUCCCCCGGAGUGUGUGGAGGAUCACAGGAAUCUGAGCUUAGCCACGGACAAGUGGAGCUUCGGCACCACGCUGUGGGAGAUAUACACCGGAGGAGAGAAACCACUCAGCUCCUACGACUCCUCCAAGAAGCUGUUGUUCUAUGAGGACAGACACCAGCUCUCUGCACCCAAAUGGACAGAACUGGCCACUCUGAUUAACAGCUGUAUGGACUAUGAACCGUUCCAGCGUCCAUCGUUUAGAUCCGUCAUCCGAGACCUGAAUAGCCUCUUCACCCCAGAUUACGAGUUGUUGGUAGAGAACGAUGUUCUGCCCGUCAGGAACCGCGGGUUCGGGUUAUCCGGAACAUUCGACAGCCAGGAGCCGACUCAGUUCGAGGCACGACACCUGAUCUUCCUGCAGCAGCUGGGAAAGGGGAACUUUGGCAGUGUGGAGAAGUGUCGUUAUGACCCGUUGCAGGAUAACACUGGCGAGGUCGUAGCGGUGAAGAAGCUGCAGCACAGCACCGCCGAACACCUGCGCGACUUUGAGAGGGAGAUCGAGAUCCUCAAAUCGUUACAGCACGAGAACAUCGUCAAGUACAAAGGAGUGUGUUACACUGCAGGGCGUAAAAACCUGCGUUUGGUGAUGGAGUACCUUCCGUUCGGCAGUCUGAGGGAAUAUCUUGCUAAAAACAAAGAGCGCUUCGAUCACAAGAAACUGCUGCACUACGCUUCACAGAUCUGCAAAGGAAUGGACUAUCUGGGUUCUAAGCGUUACAUCCACAGAGACUUGGCCACGCGGAACAUUCUGGUGGAAAGUGAAAUGCGUGUGAAGAUCGGAGACUUCGGCCUGACCAAGGUUCUUCCACAGGAUAAAGACUAUUACACGGUUAAGGAACCUGGAGAGAGUCCCAUAUUCUGGUAUGCUCCUGAGUCUCUGGUGGAGAGUAAGUUCUCAGUGGCAUCAGAUGUUUGGAGUUUUGGAGUCGUUUUGUAUGAACUGUUCACCUACAGUGACAAGAACUGCAGCCCUCCUGCUGUGUUUAUGGAGAUUAUGGGUGUUGAUAAACAGGGACAGAUGAUCGUUUAUCACCUGAUUAGUCUGCUUAAAGGCAGCUACAGACUUCCUGCUCCUCAGGGCUGCCCUGCUGAGGUUCAUUGUGUGAUGAAGGAAUGCUGGGCGGCUGAUCCAAGUCAGAGGCCGUCGUUCAGGUCUCUCGGUCGCACCGUCGACUACAUCAGAGAGAGUAAAGAGGGAUGAAAACAUCGCAUCAUCCACCGGGGGACGCCACUGAUCUAAUCUCUCUGAGAGAGAGAGAAAGGUGGGGGGGUUGACUGAGGGAGGAAUGCUGAGUACACUUGAGUGUUAUUAGGACGCAGGUUUUAUCCAAGUCACUCCAUUUGCUCCUGUUUCAUCUCACAUCAAUUUGCAUUGUGUCUGUUACGUUCAGCAGUUGCUACGACGACACACAGUUGAGGAUUCAGUGCGUAAAAACAUUUCAAUGAUGUUUAAGUGUGUAUACUUUAUACUCAAUGUGUGUGUGUGUGUGUGUGUUAAAGAGGUUUCAUUCAUCACAAUCUGUCAGUGUUCAUCAGCUAGAGCUUUAAUGGCAGCUGUGAAGAAUUUUUGUGAUACUUUUUAAAAAAAAAUUUUAAACGUCCAAGUCGCAGCUUCUCACUACACCAUUUUAUUAUUACAGUCUAUAACGAGAAAGCGGUGUGUGUUUGUUGGUCCGGAAAGUGUGCAUAAGAUUUUAUUUCAUUUUAGGAAAGACUCACGACUCACUGACUUGACUCUGGCGCUAGUGUUGGGAACCAUUCAGUGAGUCAGUUGAUUUGACUCGGUUCACAAUAAGAAUCGACUCUUUCGGCUCCCGUUUGCAAAUGUUUCGACAAGCGUUCGUUCUCCAUAUAGCAGAAAACCUUCUCUGUGCUAACGAACAACUGAAGGAGUCGACUCACUCAUGAACGACACGUCACUGACUAGUACUUGACUCUGACUCGAGACUCGAGAUUCCUGAACAAAGUACGGUAUGGGGAAAAAACGCAGCAUGUUUGUAAUCACGUUCAUAACGUCAUGAUGUAAUUCUCCAAUUUCCUGACUUUUUCAAAAUGUUUUUAAACUUAGUUUCAAGCCUCAUUAGUGUAUUCUUCACCUCAGUAGUUCAUCAUCAGAUGCAGAUCGGGUUGUGUUUAAACGCCGUGACGUUGUUUUCUACACCGAGUCAGAAAUCACUGCCAGAAAAACUAAACUGCAUUUUCCUUCUUUUUCAUAAAGCGGAAUGUGUGUACUUUUUUUACACAGCUGUGUGAAUAUAAAUGCUAUGCGUUGUGUUGUAUUGAUAAUUUUUAUACCUACAGGAAUCAGUUCCUUUCUGUUUUAUAUUUUGUUCAACAUGUUCAUGUUGUUUUGAAUCGGUCCCCUUCAGUCCUGUCACAGUAAAGUAAUAGGAUAAAUCUGUAUAGUGAUUUUGUUUUGUAAAAUCUUUGUGUGUGUGUGUGUGUGUGUUUUCAGGAACAAAUGAACAUUAAAAAAAAUGAAAAGAGA